GACGACCACUUCCACUUCUUUUCAACUCAAUCACUGAAUGUUUACCCUUCAAAACGACUAGCAGAGAUCCCAGAUUAUCGAUUGGUUUUCACAUUGAACAACUUCAUUCCGAUAGUAUGCUAUACACUUAUGUGGUAUUCGUUGAAUCUGAUGGUGAAUGUGUACUGUUGGACGUCAUGGAAAGAAGGAUUUCGACGACGGCGACUUGUUAAUCUUACCACUUCUCUAGCUCAUUCCACGAUUUCUGGCGUAUUCCUGUUCGUGUAUUUCUGUCGGAAUACCCGUCUCAUGUUCGCUUCACCAUAUCAUUACUAUAGCUUUCUUGAACUACAGAUUAUUCUUAUUUCUAUGGGCUAUUUUAUCUAUGAUUCUCUUGAUAUGAUAUUCAAUGAAACUCUCAAUGUGAGCAGCGUCGUGUUAAUGAUCCAUCAUGUCUGCUCGAUAAUCUUCUUGACAGUGGUUUUGGCUUCACACAAAUUUCUUCUCUACGCCUACUGGGCCCUGAUGAUGGAGGUCUCAUCGAUAUUCCUACAUUGUCGUGGCAUACUGAAUCAGAGCAAAUUGUCGACUACUUCAAUGAUCAGCCUUUAUAAAGUGGUUUCUUACGUCAACAUUGUUCUGUUCGUUCCAUUCCGAUUUUUCACUCAAGCAUUCCUGAUGCUUUGGUCUUUCGUCAAUCUCUACAAUAUAAACUGGGUCUUCUUUACGAUGUCCAUGAUAUGCAACUUAUGUUUUCUUGCAACCAACUGCGCAUUAUUCCUUCGUCUUCUGCACAGCGACGGUUUUAUCUGCGACAAAGUGACGAGCGACAACCUUGGAGUGUUUGCAGAAGACGUUGAAUAUAAGCAAGUGGAAAAAGGAGAAUUACUUCAAGAUCAUGACGAUUAUGAUCGUAAUACUUAG